AUGGCCAAGUUGGAGGACCUCACGAUUGAAGAAGCUCGUGAGCUGAUAAAAAAGCAAGACGUGGACAUCCAACGGCUGAUAUAUGAAAACCAUCACACUUCGGGCGAUGUUACCCGCUGCAACUUGCGAAGCAGAUCUUAUGUCUACAGAAGGGAACAAUACCACCUAGGCCUCCAAAAGCGACUCAAAGAAAACCUUCAGUUGCUGAAUCAGUCCAUCGAACUGGUCAAGGCAACACGCACCGAAAUCGAAAGCCCUGUCAUCAACAUGGAAUCCAUCCGUGUCAAAAUGGACAAAGUGAUGGCAUUGAGUAUUGAGCAACAGAAGAUUUGUGAGGAGGAAUUGAAAGUAGAGGCAGGGCUUGACAAGGUCGAGGAAGUGACCCGCGUGCACCGGUGGAGGCCAAUCAAUGUUGAGAUGACGUUGUGA